UCAAUUAAAUCUCCCCUCGUUUAUUCGCCUAUCUCUUUCUACCCCAACUUUCUCUCUCAUCUGCAAUUCUGGAGAAGAACAAGAAUCCUCAUUAAUCUUCAAUAGUUCAAUUCUACUUUCUCCAUUUCCAGGUACUAAUUCAAAAAAACCCUUCUCUAAAUUCUUCCCAUUUUUGCUUAUUUCAUCUUGGAUUAGAAUCUUCACAAUGGUUAGAGAACAAAAAGUGGAAACAUUUUACACGAAAUUACGUGAGUCUGUUUCACGGGUCUCAAAUUACUCUGCAGAAAGCUUCGAUUCUUGUGUUUUACCCUCUCCUUUGUUAAUCUUCCCUUCGACUUCUGAUGUAGAUUCACUUUGUGCACUUAAAAUAAUAUUCCACAUUUUAGAAUCAGAUUCAAUUCAAUAUGCUUGUUACCCAGUUUCAUCUUUCAAUGAAAUUCAUAAGUAUUUGGAGCCAACUUUAAGUUUAUCCCCUGAUAUUCCUCUUACUUUGUUGCUUAUAAAUUGGGGUUGUCAUAGAGAUUUGAGGAGGAUGUUGAAUUUGUCGGAUUCUAUGCGGGUUUUUGUUGUUGAUAGUCAUCGUCCUAUUCAUUUGCAUAAUUUAAGUGAUGCAAAUGAUCAGGUUGUUGUGCUUUAUACUAAAGACGAUGAAGAACAGGCUGAUUUGAGUUAUGAUUUUGAUAUUUGGCAGUUAGCUAAUGUGAGUGAUUUGAAUAGUGAUGAUGAAGGGGGUGAGGAUAGUGAGGAGGAAGAUGAGAGUGGGGAUGAAACCGAUAGCGAUGAAGAAGGAAGAGACGAGAAGAAGAAAAGACGGGUUUUGGGUGAAGAAGGUUCUAAUCCUGAUAAAUUGUAUAGGAAAUUGAAGAAACAGUAUUAUCAAAUGGGUAAUUUUCAUGGUAAGCCAUCUGGGUGUUUGAUGUAUGAUUUAUCCCAUUCACUGAGGAAAAACACGAAUGAGCAGCUAUGGUUGGCUUGUGUCUCGAUUACUGAUCAAUUUGUUCACGAGAGAUUGACUACUGAGAGGUAUCAAGCUGGGGUUAUGGAGUUAGAACAGCAUAUCACCAGUUUGGGGAAUUUGGAUGCUAUUACUUCUGUGACUUUGAAAGACGGAACUAGAAUUCGAGCACCCGACUCAUCUAGAAUUUCUUACGAGGAUGAGCCAAGAUUGAUGUUGUUAAGGGAAUGGAAUUUGUUUGAUUCGAUGUUGUGUUCUUCGUAUGUAGCGACCAAAUUGAAGACUUGGAGUGACAAUGGUAUGAAGAAGAUUCAACUUCUUCUGGCUAGGAUGGGAUUUGCGCUUAUUGAUUGUCGGCAGAAGUUUCAGUACAUGAAUAUCGAAGUUAAGAGGAAAAUGAAGGAUGAAUUUGAUCGGUUUCUGCCAGAAUACGGGCUUACUGAUUUCUAUUACAGAAGCUUUUUACGGCUUCAUGGGUAUAGUUCAAGGGUUUCGGCAGCUGAUGUGGUAUAUGGGGUUACCGCACUAUUGGAAUCCUUCAUUAAGUUCGAUGGCACUUGUGCUUCCAAGCAGUUCGGUGUAGCGUACGAUGCUUUAUCGUUGAACAAUUUGGAGCAGUUAAGGCUCGGAAUGCAGAAUGCAAUAAAAGUACAGCGAGCUAUUCUUAGACAAGGAAGCACAGCUAUAACCAAAAGGGGUUCAAUACGAAGUGGCAGGAAGUUUAGGUGGGUUAAGCUCGAAGAUUCAGCGGACACGAAGCUUUUAGGAUACCCUCAAGCAUUGACGAAGUUUUGUUAUUUCGUGAUGGAUGCGUUGAGAGAGAAAGGCGCGAGAAUGAAGCCUCUACUAUGUGCGUGCUUAGCGCAGGAACAGGAUAAAGUUUUGAUAGUUGGCGUGACAGGGAAGCCUAGACUCGGGGCAGUACAAGGCAACGCGUUUGGCAUGGCUUUCAAGAAUGCGGCUCAGGAUAUUGGCGUUGAGUCGUUCCACGAGCUGUUUGAAUCAUCUUGGAUAAUUUUGGAUAGAGUUGAUGUUAAUUCAUUUAUGGUUAGGUUAACUGAAGAACUGUAGAAUACUAAUAGAUGAUAGAUGAGUUUUAUUCUAGAAUCUUCCUUCCUCAUUUACUGUAUUUCCUUAGUAUGCCUAAUACAGUUGUAUUUUCUUAAUAAUUUUUGGAUUAACUUGUAUUUUAUGACUAUCACAUUUUAUCACCUUAAUGGAAAAUGUUGUAUACAAUUAUCCACUUCCAUUUUUC